GCAGCACCGCCCCCUCGCCGGCACCGGGGCAGGCGGGCGGCUGGCGGCUGCGGCGGCGCCGACAUGGCUGCGCUGGUCGAGCCGCUGGGGCUGGAGCGGGACGUGUCCCGGGCCGUGGAGCUCCUCGAGCGGCUCCAGCGCAGCGGAGAGCUGCCGCCCCAGAAGCUGCAGGCUCUCCAGCGGGUUCUGCAGAGCCGCUUCUGCUCCGCCAUCCGCGAGGUGUAUGAGCAGCUCUAUGACACGUUGGACAUCACAGGCAGCGCUGAGAUCCGGGCUCAUGCCACGGCCAAGGCCACAGUGGCUGCCUUCACAGCUAGUGAGGGUCACGCACAUCCCAGGGUGGUGGAACUGCCCAAGACGGAUGAGGGCCUGGGCUUCAACAUCAUGGGAGGCAAAGAGCAGAACUCACCCAUCUACAUCUCACGUGUCAUCCCAGGAGGCGUGGCUGACCGUCACGGAGGCCUCAAGCGUGGGGACCAGCUGCUGUCUGUCAACGGUGUGCCAGCUGUGCAUCGGCCUGCCCUGCAGAGCGUGGAGGGCGAGCAGCACGAGAAGGCGGUGGAGCUGCUGAAGGCGGCCCAGGGCUCUGUGAAGCUGGUGGUUCGGUACACGCCCCGCGUGCUGGAGGAGAUGGAGGCCCGCUUUGAGAAGAUGCGCUCCGCCCGCCGGCGCCAGCAGCACCAGAGCUACUCGUCUUUGGAGUCUCGAGGCUGAAACCACAGAUCUGGACCCUCACCUUUCCCCUGUACAGUAUUUAUUGUCACCGACUCCCUAUUUAAAGAUCUUUGACCCUU